GGCUGUUAGGAUGCAGUUAAAGGUGGUGCUGGUGGUGGUUCUGCUGGCGCUGGUCCAGUUAGCAGCCCUGCACAACAAUCACAAUCUCGCAGUGGGAUGGAGAGAGUGCGGAGACAGACUGCUCUACCGAGAACGCGUGCAACAGAAAUUCAAGUUUCUGGGUACCAGGACGGCUUACCUGCACUACCCUUCAUUGGGGAUCAGUAACAGUACAAUUACCUACAUCCUGGCGCUCAAUGAAUCCAGAGGAGGGUACGCCAGUGUUUUGGGGGGAGGCGUAGGGCGCACAUAUGUGACCCUCCGUUUCAGGUCUGGGUUCAGUCGUGGCAUUAAGUUCGUCGUCGAGAUCUAUGGGAAAUGAAAUAGUAUAGAAGACAAGAAUAUCUGCAGUUUAUACCAUAUUGUUCCUCAUGUCUCAUUUCGCCUA